CUGCAGGAGGCAGACAUGGCUGAUGAGAUCAGCAAAGCCCAGACAGCCUGCCCAGGGGGAGAUACUAUCUUUGGGAAAAUUAUCCGCAAAGAAAUCCCGGCCAAGAUCAUCUAUGAGGAUGAGCAAUGUAUUGCUUUUCACGAUAUAGCUCCGCAAGCCCCAGUCCAUUUCCUAGUGGUACCGAAAAAGUUCAUCACCCACUUGUCCAAAGCAGAUCCCGCUGAUGAAAAGCUACUUGGACAUCUGAUGAUCGUUGGCAGCAAGUGUGCAGCUGAUUUGGGUUUGACAAAUGGGUACCGGCUGGCGGUGAAUGAGGGGCCAGAUGGUGGCCAGUCUGUGUACCACCUUCACCUUCAUGUUUUUGGUGGACGCCAGAUGGGCUGGCCUCCAGGCUAGUAGCUUGCCAGACACUGCAGGCCAACACAGUAGCUUUAAUUUGUCCCGUCCUAUGAAAUGGAUUCUUUGAACGUAAAGCUCCACAUUAAUUCCUUGGUUUCUGCCAAGACUGGAUGAGCCACAAAAUAAAGAGUAAUAAAGCAUUUUCCUUGAAA